AUGACGCGUGGCAAGCAAAAGAUCGAGUCGCAGAAGCGCAACGAAGCGCGGAAUCAAAAGCCUAAGGGCUCGCAAUUAGAGGCCCGCGCCGCCGCUUUCAAGUCAACGUGCCCGAUUUGUAAGGUUCUGCUUGCCAAUUACAAUCAGCUCGUUGACCACUACGGCUCUAAACACCCUAAAGAGACGGUUCCCCCGCCGCCAGACUCAUGA